AUGGGUUUGCAUGUGGUAGUUUUGGUUUUGGUUUUGGUUCUUUUAAGUGGUGAUUAUGGUGUAGUUUCGGGUGAUGUGGUUAAGGAGGUCAAGGAUGAAAAAGGUUUGUUGGGGAAAUUUAAACGUGGGUUUAAAGGGGGUUUUGGAGGUGGCUUUGGCAAAGGGGCAGGUCUUGUUGGUGGUGGUGGUGGUGGUCUAGGCGUUGGCGCGGGUGGACUUGGUGGUGGUCUAGGAGGUGGUAUUGGAGGUGCAUUUGGUGGUGGUGGUGGGCUAGGUAACCAAGGAGGUAUUGGAAGCGGACUUGGUGGUGGAGGGCUAGGUGGAGGAGGUCUUGGUAAUGGUGGACUUGGUGGUGGAGGUCUUGGUAAAGGCGGUCUUGGUGGUGGUAGACUUGGUGGAGGUCUUGGUAAAGGUGGACUUGUUGGUGGUCUAGGUAAAGACAAACUUGGUGGUGGAGGUCUUGGUAUAGGCGGUGGUGGACUUGGUAAAGGCAAACUUGGUGGUGAAGGCCUUGGUAUAGGCGGUAUUGGUGGUGGUGGACUUGGUGGAGGUCUUGGUAAAGGCGGACUUGGUGGUGGUCUUGGUAAAGGCAAACUUGGUGGUGGAGGUCUUGGUAUAGGCGGGCUUGGUGGUGGAGGUCUUGGUAUAGGAAGUCUUGGUGGUGGUGGAGGUGUGCUUGGUGGUGGCAGACUUGGUGGUGGAGGGUUUGGUGAUGGAGGUAUAGGCGAUGGUGGUGAGCAUUAG